CCGGGACAGUUUUUCCUGUUGAAAAAGUAGAGCAAUAAGUUCAAUAAAAUACAUAGAAACAAGAACACUUUGUCAUCGCCUCGCCUGUGUUCGUUUGACCUUUAAAGGAUACGAGGAUACAUCCGUGCAUUACCAAUAUGUGAAGCUGUGACCCUAUCGAUUUUCCCCCUCAAUCAUAAAACAGGAUUCGCAGUCAACAGAUACACACAGUCUUAGAAACAGUAAUGAAAUCGCCAAUUGUGGAUAAAGCUAAUCCUUCGGAUGAGAUCAAGUUCCGAAAAUCGAGUGUCGCGAGCAGGGAGAAGGAUACGAACAACCAUCAUGUGGUUCCGCUAGGCAUCCUCGUCGUCCUCUGCACUGUGUAUCUUAUGGUGGCUGGGGUGCAGCGCAACUACAAGUACUAUUUCAAGCCGGGCGUGGCUGCUUUAGAUCUAAAUCAAGCUGAGGAAUCCCAGCCGGAAGCCUUGGAGGAGGAGUCCCCAGAUACUUCCUGCCAGAAAAUGGAUAUUUUUGCCAGGAAAUCGGAUCGGAAUCCUUCCGCUCACCCAGUUUCUAGAAGAUCCCAGGGCAAGGCCACCAAGCGAACCAAAAAUCAAACUGGAAAUGGGGUCAGCAAGCAACCCCGAUUGCAAACAACCUCCCCAGAGGGCAACAAGAAAAAGGAGGCGACCAAGAAAAGCAAUACGGCGGAGCCCAUCAUCUACCUAUUCGCCUUGGUCUUCAUAUAUCUGCUGCUGAAGGCCGCCUCCGACAUCAACCAGCACUACAAAUCGCAGAACAAAGGGGACAAACGCCUGCGGCGCUGCUCCCUGCAAUCCUAUGCUCAAAUCCACAAGCAAGAUCGACGGGCCUCAAAAGUUGAGGAGUCCCCGAUAUUCCGGCGCAGGCAUGUGCUCGGCGAGGAGCGUUCCGUGUCGGUGGAUCGCUACAAGUACACCCAGAACGAGGAGGGAGGGUUCACAAAGUCUGCUCCGAGGGUUAAGAACUACCAUCAUAGGGUCAUAUCCCCCUUGGCCAGCAGGCCAACUAACCAGCAUCCCUUUUGGCCGGGUUCCGAAGACACUCGCAUGGGGGGCCGCCAGAAUCGACGCUCUUCGGUUCCGAUCAGCAUUGAUUACCAAACGGUUCACCUCUCGGGGGCACAUCCACCAGAAUUGUCGAGACGCGGCUCGGUGAUUAGCCUCACUGGACCUCAGAGUCCGGAUCCCGGUGCCCUGCCAAGUGGAGCUGUUGACCCAAAACGUCGCGUGCGCAUGAUCAAUCGCCAUUAAUGUCCAA